AUGGAUUUGAAUAUUUUGAGCCAUGUCCUAAUAGUUGCGUUCCAGAUGUAUGACCAGGACAGGGAUGGCAAGAUUUCCCGCACAGAGCUCCUACAGGUGUUGCGGGCGAUGUUGGAGAUGCAGGUGACUGAAGAGCAGCUGGAGAGUAUUGCGGACCGGGCCAUUCAAGAGGCAGACCUAGAUAAAGAUGAUGCCAUCUCCUUUGAGGAAUUUAAGAAGUCGCUUGAGAAAGUGAACAUUGAUCAUAAGAUGAGUAUUCGCUUCCUGCGUUAGAAGGACGCGUCGGGUGUUCGAGCUGAUGAACGCGAGGGCCGUCGUCCCCCCCCCCGACACCUCCCAGAGGAGGAGAAAGGAGGGGCCACCAAGGCGAGUGAAGGAAGAACAGCAGUGAAAGAGACAAAAGGACACAACACGUUGUUAUGAGUAGGUCUGAGUGUACUGUACCUGGGAGGCACCGAGGAUCAAUUCAAUUCAAAUCCCCAAAACAAGAUCCUGUUCUCUAGAGCAGUGGUUCUCAACCUUUUUGAGGUCCUGGACCCCCUGCGUAUUUUUGAUCUACCCUGAGGACCCCUCCACCUGAUCUUGGGGGAGGGGGGUUGCAAUUUGAUAGAAGCAGUAGAAACUGCAUUUUAAAUUGCAUUAUAGCAUUUAUUCACUCUUUGGGGCAAAAAUAAGAGCUUUCAGUUGUAACUUAGAUAUAGUUAACAAAACAGAAUUCUUAUGCAGUAACUUUCAGAUAUAUGUAACAAAACAGAAUUCUUAUGCAGUAACUUUCAGAUAUAUGUAACAAAACA